AAAUUCUCUAGUCAACAAUAUUGUUUUUAUAGAAGAAAGCAAAUUGGACAUAUUGGUGAAUAACGCAGCGGUUAUGAUGUAUCCGAAAUUUAAGUUAACCGACGAUGGGCACGAAUUGGUUUGGCAAACCAAUUAUUUGGGUCAUUUCAUGCUGACCGAACUUCUCAAACCUCUUCUAAAAGCCGCACCAGCCGCGCGGAUUGUGAACGUUUCGGCACUGGCGCAUUUCUAUUCGGAUCCAAUAGAUUUGGAGACCAUUGAUCGACGUUACGGAUGGGAUUCAAGGCAGUCGUAUGCGAAAUCAAAACUCGCCCUGGUGAUGCAUGCACAUGAACUAACGAAACGUCUACGAGCCGAAGAAGCGUCGAGUGUAACGAUUAACGCCUGUCAUCCAGGACUUUGCUAUACUCGUUUGGUGCGAUACACACCGUUGGCUAGAAAACCACUCAACGUUCUGUUGGCACCGUUUGCGUAUGGUUUUGCUUCUUUUUUGUUUUCUUUGUACAGAUCUGCAGGUAAUUUUGUUAAAUGGUUUAUACUGAAGACACCAAAAGAUGGUGCCCAAACGCCACUCUAUGUC